AUGACCGAUGAGCGUAAUUUCCGUUCGUCGUAUUAUGAGAAGGUCGGGUGUCGCGGCGUAGAGGAGAAGAAAUCGCUGGAAAUUCUAAUGAAAGAAAAACCUUGGGACAGGGUAAAGUUAAAGCAGUUUUGUCUGAGAUUUACAGUUCCGGCUGCCUACAGAAAUCUAGUUUGGAAGGUGUUAUUAGACAUCAUCCCAGUAUAUCCAGACUCACAUCAGUUCGUGACUGAACAGAGAACUGAACAGUACAAUGACCUUCUAUAUGCUGCAGAGAUGUUAGAGCGAGUAGAGAUGACAGCUCCGCGUAGUGAAGUACUCUUAGCUAUGUGGUUAUUGGAGCUAGAAGAACGCAAACCACCAGUUUUUCCAGAGACUAAUUACUCUUCAGCCGACACCUUUAUUCCUAUAGCAAACACAUUACUACAACUCUACGACAAUGAGGUGGAUGUUUACUGGCUUAGUAAGGGACUUAGUGAAAUUGUACGGACCAUGCAGAAAGAUAUAGUUAAGCUUAAAGAGGCUUUUCACAAUAUGCUGCAAAAGGAAGAUGGUGAAUUAUAUAAUCACUUGGUGGAAAUAAAGGCACUGGAUCUGAUACCACUCACCAAAUGGUUUAACUGCUGCUUUGCCGGAGUUCUAGAUGACAGCUCCCUUACAAAAAUAUGGGAUAAAGUGUGCAGUGGUGCUCCAAAGAUCCUUUCAUUUGUUGCCGUGAUGGUGGUUAUGACUCUUCGGAGAAAUAUUUUAAGAGCCACUAAUGCAGAACAAGUGCUCAAAUGUGUAGCUGAGAUACCAGAACAAUGUGAAGAAGUGGUGGCAAAUAAAGCUAUAGAUUUAUGGCAAUACUAUGCCCAGCCCCAAAAUGAACAGCUCAAAAAAUGA